CACUCGUCGGCGCAUUCCUGUCCAAAUUUUUGCUGACUUGCCGGGUGUCUGAAGAAGAGUCUGCCGACUCCACAAGGUUGCCUCGGCUAGAACUUAAAUUAGUGUAGCUGGGCCACUCAGAAAUUGGUCAAUUUCUGCAUUACCCCGCAUUACUUUGUCCGAUUAGGCGACAUGCGAGAGUCAUUAGCCUAUUAAGUGGGAGCUAUAUAUAAGGCAGGCAGGUGCCUGAUCCCCCACCAAGUUGACAAAAUGGGUUUCCACAUGGGACGACAGCUGCUGCUCUGCGGAUUCCUGCUGGUGCUGCUCCAGGUGGUGACCCAAACGCAGGCCAGGCCACAGGAUGUGAUCACAGUGGCCGGCGAGGAGACGGAGGUGGUGAUCAAGCAGGAGGGCGAUGGCGAUGACGACGACUCCUCCUCCGAGGAAACAGUGGAGGACUCAGAGGAGAGCAGGCGCAGACGGCGAGAGGUGAACUCCGAAAACACCCCGUUGACCCGAGCGGCCAUUCCAGGUUUGCCAGAUCCGGCCACCAUAAUCAAGAUCGCUGAGCUUUUUCAAUCCGUAGGCGAGCAAAUAGUCCCCAUCCUGGUGGAGGCUAUUCUGCCCAGCGUGGAUGAGGCGGGCGAUCGCUUCGCCAGAUCCCUGCAGUUCAUCAAAAACCUUAGUCCCGGAUCAGAAUCGUUUGCCACCGAGAAGAACGAAUAGCCCAGUGAUCUUGGUAGGGGCAUCAAUUAAGGGAACUCGUUUGACUUUGGUAUCUGGACAGUGGAUUAGACUAGGAUGUCGUUUGGUUUCUUGAGUUUCUUUAAAUAAAAUCGUUGACUUGUUUUUGCUCUUAUGGUACAAAUCAAAA